AUGCUCGCCGGCGGCGAGGACGGCAACGGCCAUCCGCCGCGGCCGCGCAGGCCGCGGCGCCUCGGCGGCAUGGGAUCUCCUUCGGGCCAGGCAGCCUCGGCUCUGCCGCACCCCGCUCCGCCCCCCUGCACCGACUACGACAUGGCCUAUUUCAAGGCCUACUCCCACAUCGGCGUCCACGAGGAGAUGCUCAAGGAUCAUGUGAGGACUAAUACUUACAGAAAUGCUAUCAUGCACCACAAAGAUCUAAUUUCAGGCAAGGUCGUAUUGGAUGUUGGCUGUGGCACUGGCGUUCUUUCUAUAUUUUGUGCUUUUGCUGGUGCCACUCGGGUCUAUGCAGUCGAUGCAAGUGAUAUUGCGUUACAGGCAAUGGAAAUUGUGAGGGAAAAUGAGCUGUCUGACAAAGUCAUUGUUUUGCAUGGACGAAUCGAGGAUGUCGAAAUUGAAGAAAAAGUUGAUGUCAUUAUAUCUGAAUGGAUGGGCUAUAUGCUUCUAUAUGAGAGUAUGCUGGGGAGCGUAAUUUUUGCUAGGGAUAAAUGGCUUAAGCCAGGGGGUCUUAUUCUUCCAUCUCAUGCGUCGCUUUAUCUUGCGCCUAUUACAAAUUCGCACAGAUAUCAGGAUAGUAUUUACUUCUGGCGAGAUGUAUAUGGUAUAAAAAUGUCCUGUAUGAUGCCUCUUGCAAAACAAUGCACAUUCAUGGAGCCUUCUGUUGAGACAAUUAGUGGCGAGAAUGUUUUGACAUGGCCAACGGUGGUUGCACAAGUGGAUUGCUAUACCAUACAAGCUCCAGAUCUUGAAACUAUUACCGCUGCAUACAAGUUUACAUCAAUGUUGCAAGCUCCAUUGCAUGGAUUUGCAUUUUGGUUCGAUGUCGAGUUUAAUGGACCAGUUCGCCAGAAAUUCAAGAAGCAAACAAGCCAACCCUUGGAUGUCAAUAUGCCAAAUUACAACCCAAGCAAUAAAAAGAAAAAGGCAGAUGUCUCAAUUGUUCUGUCAACUGCCCCAGAGGACGCCCCUACUCACUGGCAGCAGGUGACUCUCCUUUACUUAUUUGAACCUAUCGAGUUAAAGAAAGACCAAAUUAUGGAAGGUUCUGUUACCAUAUCUCAGAGCCAGCAACAUGCCCGCUUCCUUAACAUUUGCCUGAAAUAUUUUACUGGAGACCAAUGGUACGUUAAAGAAUCCGUGAUGCGAUAG